AUGGUGUUCACAAAGGUCCUUCUGCUGCAGCUGCUCCUGGUCUCGGUGGUCUCAGCGUCGCAUUACUGGGGGACGACCGCAACCUCCGCCUACAAAGGCAUCAACUUCGAUGGAACGUACAAGGUACGCUUUCGUUUCCGGGACACCUUCGAUAGCUGUAUCUUCUCCCACACGUGGCGUUGCACCAGUGGCAACUGUGGCUACAUCUCUGGAAGUAAUAAAACAACGAUUGACAGCAGCAACAAUGGACCACAAUUUGACAGGCUGUUAAUUCCUCAGAACUGCCCUCGGACAUACAAGCUGAUGACCUUCGAUCCCGAUGGUGACGAUGUCAGAUGUAGAUAUGGAAAUCUGAGGAACGUAGAGUGCAGCAGAUGUGACCGACCUGAAGGAUUCCAUUUAGACGAGGACUCCUGCACGUUGCACUACAACUACUCCAAUGCCAACCCCAGAGUUUAUGGAUUUGAGAUGAUGGUGGAGGACUACUCAAAGGGGCACAUCGAUCUAUUCUACUCCGACGGAUCCCGGUCCCACAGGCAUCCAUGGCCUCGGAGGACCACACCCACAAACACAACUGCAUGGCCCGUCACCCCAUACGCUCCGACUCCUCCCCUCAGCCAACUCCCUCUACAGUUCUCUUUUCUUGUGGACCCACCUGCACCAUCAUGUGUUGAAGGAGAGUACCUGCCCAAGUUUGUGCAUCCAACACCUAGACAUGAAGAGAGGAUCCAUGCAGAGAUCGACUCAUCCGUGGAGAUCAGAGUCAAAGCUCAAGCUUCACUUUCAGUGAUUCAAGGUAUCAUCAUCAGCGGUCCGUCGAACGUCACCAAGCACAAGACCACCCAUGACGAGUUCGUCAUCAGAUGGACGCCUACGGCCGACGACCUGGGGGAGUUCUUUCCAAUCUGCUUUGCUGUUGAAUCAGCAACAGGGCCAGGUGUCACCAGACCUCCGGUCGCCACACAUUCUCAUUCUCACUCCCAUUCUCACCCAACCCCAACUUCACGGUCUGGCCUCUAUCACUCUGAGAUGAGGUGUGUCGUGGUGGAAGUCAAAAGACAGAUAGUUAAAUCCCAUGUGAUCUGCAAUGAGUCCUCAAUGACAAUCCUGGUGGAGAAAGCUUCCUUCCCUCGACUCAGUGAGGAUCAUCUGCGGCUCAACGACCCCUCCAACACCAUCUGCAACCUGACGUCUAACGGCACCCACGUCAUCGGCCACAUCGACCUCAACCAGUGUGGCACUCAGAUCGAGGAAGAUGAUGACUACCUCAUUUUCAAGAAUGAAAUCACCACAUAUGAAGACCCGAGGAAUGUGGUCACCAGGAAGCACCUGCUGGAGGUGCAGUUCUACUGCCAGUACCCCAAACAUGGCAACGUGUCGCAGAGCUUCUCGGUUCACAGGAAGAACGUCACCGUGUGGGAGAAGGGCAUGGGCACAUUCACCUAUGGGUUUGAGUUCUACGAGGACAGCAGCUACCGAGCCAUGAUGAAUCCAAACUCGUACCCUCUGGAAGUAGAGGUAGGGACCGAGCUUUACAUGAAGAUAGAGGCCACCUCUUCAAUCAACAACACUGAGAUGUUUGUGGAGUCCUGCAGGGCCGCACCGUACGACAACUCCAACUACCCCAAUCCCUACAGCAUCAUUGCAAACGGGUGUAAAGUGGACCCGACUGUUGACAUCUAUCCUCGUGCCCACAAUAAGCAGUUCUUGUUCAGCAUGGAGGCCUUCAAGUUCAUCGGCUUGCAUGACCAGGUGUACAUCAGCUGUUCAGUUAUCAUGUGUGAAGCUGGAAACCCCAACACCAGGUGCUCACAGGGAUGCAUAAACUCCACAAGCAGUCGUCGUCUCUACAAGAGAGAAGCAGCGAUCCAGAGUGGAGCUCACUUCGUUUCCCAGGGUCCCCUGCGCCUGAAGAGGUCGGCCGAGAACAGCGACAGCUCAGCGAUCGCCCUGAACCUGAACCUGGUGUUCAUCGCUGGAUGUGUCCUGGCUGCUGUUGGCAUGAUCUGUGGAGUGAUCAUGUACAAAACCAAGGCGUCCAAGGUCAAGUACCAACCACUGCCUGCAUCUGAGACCUUGUAAGACACCAGCAGAAUUUAUUCAUUUCCUUUAUGGGGGUUUUGUGUGUCUACUCAUGUGCAUUUUAAACCAAUUAAUUCAAUUAACUUCUUGAUAAAUGUGUGCAAUCUGUGUCUGGGCAAGUGAAUCAACA